AACGUGCCUCAUUUCCUGAGCACAGGAAACUCACAGAAAGGAAACUUUUAAGGAACCGAAUGAUCUUACGCCAGAACUGUCAGAUCAUGAGAUGGAGAAUCAAAGGGUUGUGCAGCCGUAGGUGGACAUGCUGAAGCCAUCAAAAAAAGUUUUAGGAAAUGAGAAUCUAGGUCACCUGGAUGUCAGCAUGGCGGCCACAAACCUGGAGAACCAGCUGCACAGCGCCCAGAAGAACCUCCUUUUCCUGCAGCGGGAGCACGCCAGCACCCUCAAGGGGCUGCACGCCGAGAUCCGGCGCCUGCAGCAGCGCUGCACAGAUUUAACAUAUGAGCUGACACUCAAAAGUUCGGACCAGACAGGAGAUGGAUCUUCCAGAAGCAGUGAGCUAAAGAGACGAUGCGAAGAGCUGGAGGCGCAGCUGAAGCUCAAGGAGGCCGAGAACAGCGAGCUGCUGCAGGAGCUGGAGCAGAAGAACGCCAUGAUCCUGGUGCUGGAGAACACCAUCAAGGAGCGGGAGAAGAAGUACCUGGAAGAGCUGAAGCUGAAGAGCCACAAGCUCAACAUGCUGUCCAGCGAGCUGGAGCAGCGCGCCGGCACCAUCGCCUACCUGACGUCGCAGCUGCACGCCGCCAAGAGGAAGCUGGCGAGCUCCAGCGGGACCUCGGACGGCAGCCCGUCCGGGAGCCCCGUGCUGGCCGGCUACAAGCCCGCGCCCCCCAAGGACAGGCUGCCCGAGACGCCGCGCCGCCGGAUGAAAAAGAGCCUCUCGGCCCCGCUGCACCCGGAAUUUGAAGAGGUCUACAGAUUCGGGGCCGAGAGCCGGAAACUCCUCUUGCGGGAGCCGGUGGAUGCCAUGCCCGACCCCACCCCGUUCCUGCUGGCCAGGGAGUCGGCCGAGGUCCACCUCAUCAAGGAGAGGCCCCUGGUCAUCCCCCCCAUCGCCUCGGACCGCGGCGCGAGCGAGCCGCACAGCCCAGCCCGCGAGAAGCAGCACAAGGCCCACGUGGGGGUGGCCCACCGCAUCCACCACGCCGCCCCGCCGCAGGCCCCGCCCGAGGUGGAGACGCUGGCGGUGGACCAGGUGAACGGCGGCAAGGGCGUGAGGAAGCACUCAGGGACAGACAGAACUGUGUGAGGCCUGCCCCGGGCGGCCCGUCUCCCCGGCUGUCAUGCACUGUGAUCUCGACUAGGAAAACUCAGCCACGCCUCUUCCCCCUCAGUUCCCAUGCAUGCCAAAACGUUUUUUUCAGACACGUCAGCAGAUUCUCCUCCUCCUUUUGCCCUCGUUCUGACACCAGAAUACGACCGUGUCCCUGCUGCAGAAUACCUAUUUACCAACUGCUGUGGCCAAACACCCGUGUGCCGAAUCGCUGGCUUCUCGUCCCUCCGUGUAACUCCAGUGCGCUCGUGGACAAGCACAGGCCACAGGCUGCAUCACUGCACGACGUUAAUGACCUCACAUAGUCACACGCCUAAUUAUGCAGUCAGAGCAACACGUGCCGACCGGCCUCGACCCUCCUGCUCGUUUCCAGGGCGCACGUCGCCCCUGGAGCCCCAUAACCUCCGACAAGCGUCUCCCAGGGCGGCCCCGGUAGCGGAGCGGCUGUAUGUAUCUGUCACGGGAACUCAGUAAGAUGACGUCACUCCUCACCUCAUCCCACUCCGAAUGUGUGUGCAUAUUUUGUUAGUUUUACCCAAAAUGUUCAAGGUCCCAACAAACUUUAUUUUCUAAACGUG